AGCCAUAAAGAUAGUGUUUUUGCCCUCUUUUGUCUUUUCUCCUCUGUCAUAUUGAAAUGUUUCUUUUUAUAGCACGAAUUGCAGAUUUAAUAUGUUUUUUGAUCUUUUACAUUGCCCUGGAGUCCUCUAUUAGAAUUUUGACCAUUUUACCAUUGAGCAAUGUAAUGACAAUUGAUUAAUUGCUACACAGCUCAUUUUUCUUUGCUUUUUUGCUUUGAUAUCUGUGUAUACCUUUGUAUGAAAUUCGAAAUAAUAUAAUAUUAACAGGCCAUUUCUUGAAUAAAACUGCCAGAGCUACAAAAAGCACCUGUAAAAAAAUUACGAGUGCUAUGGUGUGCGAAAUAUUGCACUCGUAAGCAAAAUUUACAAGUGCGAUGUGAAUAUUUGCAAGUGUGAUUCACACUUAACUAUUUACAAGUUCUGAGCUUGUAUUAAAACGCAAAUGUGUCCCACAAGAAUGGAAAUUCUUGCCUCUCUGAGCAACGGAACGGGAGUAGUCGUGUGUUCGAAUCUCCUCUUGGUAACUAUUUUUACUUUUUUUUUUCGUUGCUGUUAUAAAUUUAAUUUUUUAAAAAGAUAAGUGUUCAAAAGCAUUAUUUAACAAACUGGUAAAGUAAAGGUGUUUUCACCUAACUUUACAAAAGUGAAUGUAGGCAGAAUUAAGGUCUCCCCAAAUGUCUGAAAAUUACGUUAGAGAGAAACGAAGAAGCUCCAUCGAUUUUACAAAAUUUGGUUAAAAUGUAAGCAAAAGGCAAAUUACAGUGGACUGUCCAUAACUCGGACUCUCACGGGUAAACAAAAAUCGUUCACGUUAAGGAGCGGGUCCAGUAUUGGAGAGUUUGGAAAUUUUGCUAAGUUUAUCCUUUAGACAUAAGCCCCUUGAAAGAGAACGAUGUAUUUGAGUAAUUAUCUACCUUAUGGGUGAAAAGUAAGUCGUAAGCAGUUUUCUUCAGUUGACUAAAUCUAUUCUGUAAUGAAAAAUCCGUAAUUACAGUUUGUUUACUGAUCAAAUUGAUAUGAUGUUUAAUAUUAUCAUUCAAAUCCAUGAGAGACUCCAUCAUUUCUUUUCCAAAUUCGGAGAAAAGGCUGGAAUCUUCGUGAAUACUAACAGCUUUUAAGACUUCUGUCGUUGGUUUAGCAAUCUUGCUAUCGUCCUGGUCUUCGUUCUCUGCGUCAGAUAUUUCGAGUUAUAAAGGGCGAAAAUAGCCUAAUAUGCUUUCAAGGGACAAAAAAUAUUGUUCGACUUAAGGAGAUUUUCGAGUUAUUCGUUUAGGUAAAGGAGUGGUUCGAGUUAAAGGGUUUCGAGUUAUGGAGAGUGUAAAUAAUGACAAGAACGGAAUUCUUUGCACUACGCUAAUGGCACGCCAACAUAGAGAAAUAUGAUUUCGGAUACACGCCGAAUAAACGUAAUUUUUUUUGAUUUCGUUCUUGUUAUUCGUCUCCUCCCCAUACGCGCACAUGAUUCUUUUUAACGAAGUCUGCUGUUUGAGACAAUUCUGGUAAUAUAUUUUUUAACUACGGCUUUUUACUUUUUCGAACAAUUAAGAUUUACACGUAUAUUAGUUUUUUUUAUUUUGCGUUUUCUUACUGAGUGACUCUCUUAUACCCCGUUCUUUUGUGGUCUUUCUUCUUCCUGUCAGUCAGUUUGAAUUGAAAUUUCGAGGAAUUUUCUGUUCAAGAAGUUCUUACAAAUCAAUUGUGUAACAAAUAUUAUUGCCAAUUUAAAUAGCAAAAUAUGUCUUGUCUAACUUCGUAACAGAAAUCACAAUCUGAUAUAGCUUUUUGUAAACUUUUUUCGCGAGGUUGUUUACGUAUAUCAUACGUCUUGUUUUUUGUUUAAGCUUUAAAGCUGUAUAGGUGUAUAGAAAUGAAUUUUGUAAAACGUUAUUAACCACAUGUGCAAGGUUAAAACAACGUUGAACGCGAUGAUGUGUUGGCAGAUUCGCUAUAUGUUUUUGGCAUUAAAUAUAUUUCUAGACAUUUUUGAUUUCUCUUUCCCCUUUUAAAAAGAUUUUUUAAACUUUAUUCAACAUGUUUUUUCUUUGGUAUUACAUCACGAAAACAUUCGUCCGAAAGCUGUAUUAAUGUACAGGACACCUAACCUCUCCCAUGUUCUGGUUAUAUUUAACUUGCAUGGGUGCGCACUCUUCUCGCAGUAUUCCCUGUGACAAUGAAGGUCGGACUGACUUGUGGCAUGGUUCCAAAUGGUCUUCUGUCUUUCGUUCGAGUCUCAGUGUAAUGCACCAGCCGAGCAUAAGAGUGUUAGCAUAAAGGAAAGGGGCCGACGUUAAUGUUCUCUAUACUUUUUAAACAAACCAAUCACGAAGAAAUGAAUGUUGUGUAAUCAGCAUAAUAGCCUUUUUCAUUGCUCUAUAAUAUUUUAGAAAAAGAAAAAAUGCAGGAGUACGAUAAAAAGCACUCGUAAGUCUUUGUGUGCGUGCGGGCGAGUGCGCAUGCGAUCGCACUUGUCUCAAGGAAUGGCCUGUAUUAAGGAGAUUAAAAUAUAUAGAUAUUUUUACCAUGUAUUUUACAGAAAUGAGAUUGCAUCAUCUUAAUAUUAUUACCAAGGAUAUUGUAACGGCAAAGAAAAAGUUAUCAAUUUUGUAUGGUUUCAGAUAUUAUGGGUUUAUACAGCAUUCCAAAAGGGAUGUAAUUCUUGUUUUAAUACAAAACAACAUAUUUCUGACCAUAACAGGAAAGCCUGAUGUAAGUGUGGACACUAUUGAUGACAUUGCAUUUUGUGUUGACUCUGUGCACCAAUGUUGUGAAGAUGUUGUAGCUUAUGGAGGAACAGUAUUAGAAAGUUGCCAUUUAAUAAAUUGUGAAAAUAAAAAUAAUAGUACAUUCAAGACUGACAAACAACAAUGUGCUUGUAAAACCUUACAAUGUGGAAAUUACGUAAAAAAAGCUGUUAUUAAAUCUCCUGUUGGAAAUAUUAGACAUAGUAUAUAUGAAAAAACAAACUUUUGUGGUGAUUUUUUACCUGGGUUUGUCAGAACAAGCGCAGAGGCUACUUAUGCCAGUCAAGCAGGUUUCGAUAACAUUGACCAUAUAGCUUUGGCUGUUCCUUGCAAUGAAGCUACCCAACAUAUAGAUUGGUAUAAACAUUGUAUGAAAAUGUUGCGCUUCAAGACAAAUUCUCAGGAAAGUUUGUCUGGACUUGUCAUUCAUGCUAAACAUGGUAAUGGAGUUCGCCUGUUAACACUGGUUGAGCAUCCGUGCUCCAACAUGGCGAUAUCUGAAAGCAAUGAUAAAGAAGUAGAAGUUCGCAAUGGUCAAGUUAAAUUUGUGUUUUGUGAGUCACUUAUUGAUGAAGGUUCUGACCAAAUCCAAACUUUUUUGAGGCAACAUGGUGGAGCAGGCGUACAGCAUGUGGCGUUUAAUACCAAAAAGAUCCUCUCAGAUGCGCAGAGUUGGAUAGACAGAGGUGUGAAUUUCAUCAAACCACCUCCUGCAUAUUACAAAGAGAUAUCUUCGACUCUGGAUAAACUUAAAUCAAAAUAUGACAUUGUGCAUUUACGGAAGAAUGGUAUACUCAUCGAUGCGGAGAAAUUAAUAGGCGACACGUCUCAGAAGGAAGGGUAUUUGUAUCAAGUGUUCACAGAGCCAGUGUUCGAUUCGAAAACGUUUUUCUUCGAACUUAUUCAACGAGAACAGGCUCGUGGUUUUGGAGAAGGGAAUAUUAGCGCUUUGUGGAGAGCCUUAGACGCCCAUGUGAAAUCAAACGAGUUGGAAGAUUGUAAGGAUUUCUCACCAAUUUAACAAACCAGUCCUACAAGAGAAGAAAUUUUUGUCUUUUGAGAACAUGUGCAUCACAUUACGUAGCAUUAAAAAUCCUACGAAAAUUCUCGCCGCAUGCAAGAAUAUGUCCUGGCUAGGAGUAAAAAAUUCACAACUAUAUAAAUUUUUUACACUUGCAAAGUUAUAAAUAUUUAACGAAGAAAAACAAAAAUGAAUGAUCCAACAAGAUUGUUUACGUUUUAACUAAUCUUGCCGAACUUGACGCGUAUUUACGGGAAGAAAGGUUUAUCUGUUAAGUUUUUUGUUUAUCGCUGUGGUCUAUUAUAGAAAUAACAUCUCUUUUCUAUAUUAAUAAUACCUGUAUUCCAUCUAUUUGUGUGUAAAGGCGGGUUUCCACUCGAACAAAUGCGGUUGAUUCGAUUGACGUCGAUCGAAUCGACCUAUAUCGUUUUUAUAAAAAUUGGUUUCCACAUACAUUCGACCAUGCCUCGAUUGAUGGGGACUUAUUUAGCUAAUUUUAUUUCAAAACUAACACAAAUUUGAUAUAAAAUAAUGAUAUUGAGCAUGUACUUUGAAUUUAAUGAUAUAUAAAUACGAUAAACAAUAUUUUUAAAUAUUCUUCUAAAAUUUCUUAGCCAUUUUUCUACAAACUCUUUGUUUAGUGAGACUGUCUUUAAAACUUUUAGAGGAAUUACGUUAUCUAAAUUUCUCGAUAUACAGCUGCGAAUAAUCACAUAUCGGUGAUGCAUUUUCAUCUUUUAACGGUUGCUCGUGUUAAAUAGUGUUUGCUGUUGCUGCAACAAAUAUGCAAUUAAAUUUUUGUUUGUUUAUAAUGUUUUUAGCCAUUUAUCUCUUUUUCCCGCUUCUCUAUCGAUGUUCAUUUCUUUGUCGGUUUCAUUGAAUAAAUUUUAAUCGAUCGACGACAAAGUAGAAAGCAAUCCUACUUUUGAAUUCGAUCGAAUUCGACCGACAGGUCGACGUCAAUCGACGAAGAUCAUACAAUGUUCUAUUAUUAGUAACGUCUAUCGAUUUGACCACAUUACGAGCACACGAAAUGGCCUAGGAUUUAAAAGACUGGCGACCCCGCAAAUUUUUCCACGACUUAACGCCUGUUUUAUAAGAAUCCGUUGUAAGCAUUACGAAAGUAACUUAAAACUGGCUAGGGUGAGUCUUCACGGAUUUCGCAAUAACCAAAUUAUCUACAACAAAAAAAUGUUUGGUGAUUAUUCGCGAGUCCGUUUUUAAAAAAUAGUUUGAACAGUAACAUAAAGUCAAAUCAAAAAUCAAAUUAAAUCUCACAAAGUAGCUGCCUUUUUACCCACAAGAAUGCGUGCGCAUAUACAAAUCUUUUACAACAUAUAUUAUUUUAUCCUCUUUUAAGCUUUUUUCUUCGCAAAGAUUUUUUUCCUACUUCAUCUGCGAAAUCCGCGAAAAUUUUCGAUUUCGGCUCAUCCUCUAAAACAAAUCGCCACGCGGAAUAUUGUUUUCUCUCAAUAAACCUUGGUCGCCUAACACAUUUCUGCGAAAUUAAAAAUCUACCGCUAAAUUGUUCCGGCUUUUUUUACUGCAAAAUGUAUAACCCUUUUACUACAUUUACAUUCUUGGUAACGAUAUUUGUAAUUUCACAAAAAAUAUUUUUGUAUUUAGUAUUAUUAUAUAUAAAUGUGUUAAAUGAAAAUCCAAAGAAAAAAAUAAGUAAAUAAUAUAAAUAAAACGUAAAACAUAAAAAAGUAGAGAAAAACAAAAAAGGGUGAUAAUACUAAUAUAUAUAUUAAUUUUUGUCAUGGAUCAAAAACAAAUGUUAAUAUUCUUAUAUUUUUUGUUUUAUUGCACCUUGAUAAGAUUAAAUGUUUCACCAUCAUAAUAUUCCUUUAUCUCUUAAUUCUUUUAUCAAUUUUAUUCAAUUUUCACUGCUGGCAUCUCUUUAUCGAAUUAAAAUUAGAUUUUUUUAUUUAUUAUUAUUAUUAUUAUUAUUAUUAUUAUUAUUAUUAUUAUUAUUAUUAUUAUUAUUAUUAUUAUUAUUAUUUUUUUUUUUUUAUUUUACUAAAAUAAUGCGCCUAAAAUCAUGGCAUGACGCGGUAUUCUCAACUUAACACCCAAACUUAAGAAUGAUAAAACCUGGACGCUAAGCGAAAAAAUUCCGCCCUUAUCACGUGAUAAUUAAAGGCCCAUGGAAUUUAGUAUCGCUAAAGGCCUGUCCACACGGUUAAUAUCUCUCGUGAACAAAAGCUGCAAUUUUUUCUAGACGAACAAAUAUUUUAAACUACUCUUUCUUGAUUAAUUGAAGUGGGAGGUCUUAAUCGUAAUUACAGGAUAUUUUCACCCGAUAAUAGUUUGACUUCUCCUUCUUCUCCUCCUUUCAAAAAAUCAAAAGAAAUCCAACCUUGUUGAAUUUACAACCGCACAAAUUCGGAAUAAAUACAUGAACAUGUAAAAAGAUGUUCUUCACACAUUUAAACCUAUUCUCAGUACAAGCUGAAUAUUUUAUAUAAAACCAAAUUUAAUCAAAACAGCGUCAAGCCUAGACAAUUUCGCGUCCUUAAUCCUAAUUGUUUGGAUAUCUCCUAUAGAUAGUUAAAUAAUUAGAAAAAUAAUUGGUUGACGAGUCAUGAAAUAAUCCCAUUAACCAACAAUAAAAUCAAUGGAUUGUGAAAGAACAUUUUAAUUUUCAGGACCCAUGUUAUACUGAGAGCAAAAGUUUUUAGUUAAAUCUCUUCAUAGAUGUUUAUAUCGAAAUAUUAAUCAUCAAGAUUUCAGAAAUAAGCUCAAAACUUACACUUACUGUUAAAAGAUGUUUACUCCGAAUUUUCUGCUUCAGCUAUGAAGAUUUUAUUUGUUGUUUACCACUUUAAUAUUUCAUAGGUGAGUACAAUAUUUUUAUAAAUGCAUAAAUGGACAUUUUCGAGUUAGAAAAAUUACUCACGCGUAUUUAAAAAAAGCGUUUACGCGCAGAUGCCCCAUAUAAUAAUAGUAGAAAAUUUGAGUCUUAAAUUUGAAAUUUAAAUUUAUGUAAUUUCGAAUUUAUAUUCACGAAAAAUAAAAAUGAAACUUUUAAAUUUAAAUUUACGUAAUUUCGAAUUUAUAAUUACUAAAAAUAAAAAUGAAAAACUCACAUCUCUUCAUACUUUUAAUCUCUUCACGUAUAUUUUAUUUCGCUUUAUAUUUAUUAAUAUUAUAUUCGUCCCUUCAUUGAUUGUUUUUCGUUUAUUUUUUCUUUUCUUUAUAGUUUUCCUCUCGGCUUUGUUUCUUUUUAUUAUUCUACCUUUCGGCCUUUGAGUUAGGAACAGCAAAUUCAGCUGCUCCUAUCUCCUAACAAUUACUCUGUGAUGGAACACAAUAAAAAUCGUUUAAAAACUCAUGAGCUGCUGGGAGUUUAAAAGUUUUUGUUUUUUUGUUUUUAACACCACACACUAUUUGUAAUUCAUCUUCAAUCGGGCUUGCAACAUAAUAGCUCCUAAUCAUUUGUCAUUUCUUUCAAAAAUUACGUGAGAGCGACAUCAACUCCUUUAAACAAGAAAUUCUCCACUUAAAAUGUUUUUUGAAAGUAUGACAAAUAACUGUUUUGUGUACUUUCCAGUAUACUGUCUAACAUGGUGUGACUAAUACACUCCAUGCACGUGUACAGUUAUUCAAACUAUAAUAUGUAUUUAACGCAUAUGGCAUAUGGAAAAUAGCGUCUCGCUUGUACUUGUUUUUGUUUUGUUUUGUUUUCUAUCACGUUUUUACAAUUCUUGUUCCUAAUGUGACGCCAUGUUUGUGUUUUCUUUUGCAUCUGGUAAAAACUCAAAUGAAUAAAAUCUUUCGUUGCAGACAUGACUAAAAAAAGGGACUAGUGAAAAACUAGUACUUCCGUAUGACUCAAGCAAUUUUGUGACACGAGACUUCUUAGGAAGGACAUGACGCACCUAAAAGGAAAAAUUUUUUUUUCUUUUUUUAUGGUCAUGAAACAAUCAAAGAUAAACGUAAAUAGCUGUCGUUAUGAUCCAAAGUUCAUAUUUUAAAGAAUUCCGUUUUCUGAUUGAUCUAGCUGGUGAAUUCGUAUUCAUGAAGCAUGAAUGAUAUAUGUAAAUAAAAACGAACGAAAAGAAAAACUGACCUCUUUAUUCUUCCCCAGUUUCUCCGUUUCGUGCAGCUUCUUGUUUGUUCUCCAAAUCCUCUUUGCUGUGUUGCACUCCGUAAAAUAGAUA